CUAAUGUUUUUAGAUACCCACUAGAUACCCACUUGUGUUAUAUUCAGUUUUACAGUGCUGAACCAAUAGAUAAAUUGAUUUUCCAUCCAUACCACAGAGAGUUUAGUGAUAUCACCAAUGUGUCCGCUGUUUUCGAAAACGAGGAAUGGACAGCGUCCAACUUGACGUCAUUCUUCUUGAACCGAAAUUCCUAUACUAUUAUCCAAUUUUAUAUCAAGAUAUCCAGGCAACCAAUGUAUAUACUGCUCAAUUUGGCAGUUCCUUUAAUUUUCUUAUCUAUCCUGAACUCAUUUGUUUUCCUUUUACCCGAGUCGUCUGGGGAGAGGAUAUCCUAUUCGGUGACGAUUCUUUUGGCUCUUGUAUUGUACCUCAACAUGAUCGCUGACCGACUACCGAAUUCUGCACCGGUGAGCCUCAUCAACAUCAACAUCAUCAUCCAGUUCACCAACAGCUGCGUCAUUGUCCUUUUCACAAUCCUUACACUGUGGAUGUACAACAAUCAACAAGAGAACAAGCCAGUUUCACGACCCUGGGGCAUGUUUGUGCAAAUCCUCUCAGGAGGAAUGUGCAAAAAAUCUGUGAGGUCAAAAGUCGAACCAGAUCAACUAAUGGAUGUCAAUGGGAAAAUGGAAGGAAAAGAAGAAACUGGUUUGAAAGGUGAAUGUGAUCUCAAAGUUUCAGUCACCUGGGCAGAGGUUGUGCAGUUGAGUAAUUGCUUGUCGUUUACGGUCAACGUUUUCUAUUUUAUUGUACAAUCAGCAAUAUUUCUUAUAUUGAUAUUGACGUAAGAUAGUAUAAGUUAUAAUACACCAUCAUAUCUUAUAUCUUAAUUUGUUUGAAUUGUUGUUGUCUGACAGAAGACACCAUAAGACGAUUUUGCUGCUGUGGUUGAUGAAUUCGGUUUGGUACUUGUUUGUCUCAUAUCUGGUAUUUAAAACGUUGUAAGAAAGUCCAUUGUCUUGAUAGUACUUUAUUUUUCAGAAUGUACUGAACACAGUCCAAUAUUAUCUAGAUGAGUCCAAUAUUAACAGUAAUAGAGGACUGAAAGUAAAGACGAAAAAUAAAGAAAGAAAAAACACCCUUAGCUGUUUGAAUUUAAUAUGACAUAACUAUGUGUUGUAAAGAUUGUAAAAAUUCCAUUAAUCUUUAAUCAAUACUUCGUGAAUUACAUAUUUCACAACCAAUGGUUUAAUGAAUUAUUUACAUC